AUGGUCACAAUCGUUGCAGAUGAAUUUCUCACAGAUGACAGAAAUAGGAAGUACUAUGCAGAUCAUUACACCUGUUGCCCCCCGCCAUUUUUCAUAAUAAUCAUCACACUAGUCGAGCUUGGAUUUUUCCUGUACUAUUUCAUAACAACCGGUGAACUGAAUCCAACUGGACCGGUGCCGAUCGAUUCCAUUUUCAUAUACAGACCGAACAAGAGAUCCGAAAUAUGGAGAUUUCUGCUUUACAUGUUCCUACAUGCCGGAUGGCUCCAUCUCGGCUUCAACUUGGUGGUGCAGCUGCUGGUCGGCUUGCCCUUGGAGAUGGUCCACGGCUCCGGUAGGGUGUUCCUCAUCUACAUGGCGGGCGUUUUGGCCGGCUCGCUGGGCACCUCGGUGUUCGACGACGACGUGUACCUGGUGGGAGCGUCUGGAGGAGUUUACGCCCUAUUGGCCGCUCAUCUGGCCAACGCGUUCGGCCUGCCCGUCUCGUACGUGGCCCACCUGACCGGCGCCUUGGCCGGCCUCACCAUCGGCCUGCUCGUCCUCAAAAACUUCGAGCAAAAGUUGCACGAACAGCUGCUGUGGUGGGUGGCGCUAGGCGUGUACGCCGCCUGCACCAUAUUCGCCAUCUUGUUCAACGUGAUGAAGCCCACUGAAGAAGAGGCGGCCAGUUUGGGGGUGGACGGGGUAGACAGUCGGUCGGUGGUGUUCAACAAGUUCGGGGUGUGAAGGGUGGCAAGGUUUGGCGCCCGAGCAGGGAUUCGGGCGGAUGCGAAACACCGCACAAAGAGGAGACAGGGGACGUAGUUCGGUUCUCAAUGCAGAGUUUUGGCGUUGUAGUUUACUGCCAAAUUCAGCUCCGGGUAUGAAGCUUGUUAGGUUGGAGACGGAGAACGAAGGUCUAUUCUUGAUGCAGCCUUGUGUCAUUUUGUUUGGCGUGUCUUCGGUCCUUGUAGACUCUCUUGCUGUCAAAUGCAGUUCGGGAUAUGAAGUUGGUAAGGUUGCAGCGUAUGGCGCCUGAGCAGGGAUUUGUGCGAAGGCGAAGCACCGCACAAAGAUAUGACGGAAAAGGAUGGUCGGUUCUUAAUGCAGCGUUUUGUCGUUUUGUUUGGCGUGUCUUUCCCUUUUGUAGACGCUAAUUCACUGUCAAAUGCAGUUAUAAUAGAUGCUAACAUAUUUCGUAUAGAUGAAAUUUCGAUCAAUCAAAAUACUACCAUCUCCCAGUAACUCUCAUUUUUUAUAGUAGAACUAAGAAUGGAGAACAGAUCUACAGGAGAUUUCUUGGUUGAGACCUGACAGACUAUUCUUAAGCUGCUUCGAAUUCUGGCAAUAGAGGCGCGAAUGAAAUAUAAAUUUGUGCGUGAUAUUAAAAAUAUAGGUUUUUCUGGAUGUGUUUUUGU